AUGGCACCCCGCGAAACUCCAAGGGUGACGCCAAAAGUACAACGCAAUAUUUCAACAAAAACGAAUGCUACUAUAACUAAAUCAUCACCAGUAACUGUUAAAAAAGUUAUUAGGACCAGAAAUACCACGGAUAAAAGCAAUAUAAAAAUGACAAGUACAAAGGUGAUUCAAUCACCAAAAGCACCAAAGCAAAAAAUUAAUACUGUUCCAAAAGUAAGCACACCAAAAUCUAAAGAGAAUAAGCCUACAAUUAUCGCUGGAAGUGUGACUAAAAGUGCUAAAAAAGCUAUGUGGAAGAGGCGUCCCAAACCUGCCCAUUCGGGUGUUCCAGUUCCAGAGAAAAUGAAAAGGUUGUUAGAGCGGCAAUUGCAAGAUUCAGAUUAA